AUGACUAUCAUUAUCGGCUCCGAAUUUGGCUACUGCGUCCUGGCAGCAAUCGGCAUUGCACUCCAGUGCUCGUUCACCGGCCACGCCGUCAUGAACGCUCGCAAGAAGUUCAAGGUUGAUUACCCUGACAAUGGCAGCGGCCGGUAUGCCGCCAAGCUGACUGAGGAGGACUGGCUCAAGUUCAACAACAUUAAGCGUGUCAACGACAACUACACCGAGCAGCUCAGCACCGUGCUUACUACACUGCUGCUGGCCGGUCUUUACAUGCCCUGCGCUGCUGCCGCCCUCGGUGUUAGCUAUAUGGUGGGCCGCUACAUCUACGGUCACGGAUACAUCACUGGUGGUGCCAAGGCUAGGACUCCUGGUGCCAUCCUGAUGGGUCUUUCGUCUCUUUCCAUGAUGGGUAUCGCCGCUUAUAGCGCCGUUAUGACCACGAUCCUGGCCUAA